AUGGUCAAUUAUUGCACUAUCCUUGCACUAGCCCUAGGAGUGCUCUCACCCGCCUUCGCACUUCCCUCGCGACCGCACUCUCGACCGCACAAUGCAUCUUGCCGCUACCUCCCCACCGACGCGGGGUGGCCUACAAGGGCGGAUUGGGACCGUCUGAACAACACAGUCGGUGGCAAGCUUAUGCGGGGAGAGCCGUUGGCUCAGUCCUGCUAUCCGUCGUUUGAAGAUGCUGCAAAGUGCGCCCAGGUUCGAGACGGCUGGGGCAGCAAUAGCCUGUACUACGAUGAUCCAGUCGCAGUCAUGUCGCCGUUCUGGCUGAACAAUUCGUGCAAUCCUUUCUUGUCUUCUGCCGGCCACACGCGGGCGUGCACCCUCGACAACGUUUCCUCGUAUGCGAUCAAUAUAACCGACGCAGCAACCGUCAUUGCGGGCAUCGAAUUCGCACGCCAAAAUAACAUCCGUCUGUCGGUCAAGAAUACGGGCCACGAUUACCUUGGACGUUCCACCGGAAAGGGUUCGUUGGCACUGUGGACACAUAACCUGCGAGACGUCUCGGUCAACAUGAACUACACAAGUUCCAAAUACUCGGGGCCCGCCGUCAAGAUUGGGGCUGGAAUCGCAGGAGGGUUUUCCCAGAAUGGUGGUUACGGCCAACUCUCUUCUCUCUAUGGAUUGGCUGCGGACAACACGCUGAAGUUCGAAGUCGUCACCACCGACCUCAGACAUUUAAUUGCUUCGCCAUCAACCAACGCCGACUUGUACUGGGCAUUGAGUGGUGGUGGCUCAGGCAACUAUGCCGUUGUUCUCAGUCAGACCGUCAAGGCACACCCGGACGGCCAGAUCGCGGGCGCAACUUUUGUGUUUACGAGUACAAACACCACGUCGUUCUGGUCGGCAAUUCAGGCAUGGUACCGGCUAAGUCCACGGUUCAAUCUUAUACCGGGCUUGUCGGCAUCGUGGAUCUUCAGUAGUGGGCUCUUCAGGCUCACCGCGGCAACCUUGCCGGGGGGCACAGCGUCGGAUAUGGACGCCAUCCUUCGAGACUUCUACCAAGCCGCACAAGAGCUCGACAUGGCCUUUGUCGCGAGGAAGACCAUAGUAAAACCAUCCUUCGUGGAGCUAUACGACACGCUCGUUCCCCCCAGCCGCGCCGAUUCAUCUUUCCCUUCCAACAACACAAUCGGAAGCCGGCUGGUACCAGCCAGGGUUGUCCAAGACAACUUGACAGCCUUACUGGAUGUUUACCGGCGCAUUCUCGAAGACGAUACAGUGCCUGGCAUGAUCGCUGUCGGCGGCACGAGCAACAACGUAUCACACGCCAACGUUGGCGUCGAGCCCGACAGCAACGCAGUGCUCCCAGCGUGGCGAGACGCUCUCUUGUCUUCUAGCGCUGCCGUCUCGUUUGCCGUCAACACGAGCAUCCAGGAUCUGCAAUUCAUCCAGGCAAAGGUCAAUACGUGGCAGGACUGGGUGAAAGCUUUGACUCCGGGAAGUGGCUCUUACAUCAACGAAGCGACAUACGACAACCCUGACUGGAAGUUGGAUUACUAUGGCAACAACUAUGAAAGGCUUCUUCGGGUGAAGGAGAAGUACGACGGAAAUUUCACCCUCUGGCAGCAUACAUCGGUGGGCGCGGAUAUGUACUGGCAGGAAGACGCAGAAGGCCGAUUAUGUAGGGUGUAG